AUGACUCAGCAAACUUCGAUUUUCGCCAAUUGUCCUGAUCGUUCCGACUGGGAAGUUAUAUUCGAACUUUGCCCAAAUGCCACUGAUCCUUGUAAAUCUAUCAAGCAAAUCGAAACAGCUGUUCAUAUUGCAUUUGCUGAUUAUUACACAUCAGAAGUGUUAUUCGCCAUAGCUGGAAUUAUGAAUAUUUAUUGUCUUUUGGUACUUCUUCCAUUGUAUCGACGGAUGAAAGAUAAUUCAAAAAAGAAGUACAUAUUUCUUAUCACUAGAUGUGUUGCUGGAUUAUUGGCUGCUAGUGCCUGGCUUCUCAUUCAGUGUAUUUAUCUUCGAUUCAUUGCUCCAACUCCCGGAAAUUUUCCAUAUUAUGUGCUGGCUUUGGCUUUGAAUAUUGGAAGCACUUAUGGAUUGUUAGGAUCCUACGUCGGCAUGGCUGGUAUACUGUACCUUGGAGUUCUGAACCCAAUAUCUUUCACACAACAUCUCAGCUUAAGAGUUGUCUAUAUCGCUGUCUCUUUGAUUGUUUCAGUUUCAAUCGCGUUAUCUAUCCCUCUUGCCAUUUUCCAAGCAGCAAUAUCUAUUCCAGUGAGUGGAAUAAAAUGUUCCAAAGAGACUUGUGCUCCGCUUAUUGCUACAUUGAAUUUCAUUCUCGUCUUUGGUUCUAUUGUGUUUGCCUUCAUCACCCUCUCCUUCGUUUUGAUUUCUCUCAUCCGUCAUCAGAAACAAUUUAACAAACUCGAUACGACAUCCAACACAUCGCUAACCUCAGCGAUUCGUCUUUUGAGUUGGACACUGUUCACAGUUCUUCUUGUACUAUUCGCUGAAGUUAUUCCAUUCGUUUUUAUGGAGGAAAAGAAGAUUCGUGGAACAAAGCCACCAUGUUACUGGUUUGAUCAUUCUGACGUUAUUAUCAGUCAGGUUUCGUGGGCCUUGGUAGAGGCAUCUUUAUGGAGUAUAGCAAUGAUUGUUGAUCCGUUUACUAAUAUCAUUCUGGAUAGGAAUGUGUCGAAACAAGCAAAAAAGCAGAAAAAAGGAAAUUGUUUCGUUUUUUUUGUUCUGGAGACACAGAAUAAUAUGAAUCAAAGUAUAUUCGAAAACUGUUCUAGCCAUUAUUCAAAUGAGAUUCUUUUCGAAAAUUGUACAGAAACCUCGGCGCCAUGUCUCUUGAUUCAGGAUCUCAACACGGCCAUCUCUGUAAUCUUCUAUGCUUACUACGUCUCCAUAUCAAUGUUCUCAAUAGCGGCACUUGCCAAUUUCUACUGUCUCUGUGUAACUCUUCCAUUAUAUUUUGAAAUGGAAGCGGAAUCCAAAAAGCGAUAUAUUUUCCUGGUAACUCGUUGUCUUUCCUGUAUAUUCAUGGUUAUUGCAAUGAUUCUGAGUACCGCGGUUUUUGAAGAACUUCUGAAGCCGAAUCCAGCAAAUUUCUUUUUGUAUGCUGUUCUGAAUAUUGUCAGCAAUACAAGUAUGUUUGGAUUAUUGGGUUCCUAUGCUGGCCUCGCUUUUCUUCUCUAUAUCGGAGUCAUGUAUCCAAUGCUAUUCAAAUCUCUAAUCACUCUCCGUUUUGUAUACAUAAUGGUGUUCUUGAUUUAUUUUGCUUCUUUUUUAAUAUCUAUCCCAACUGGCAUCUUUCAAGCCGCUAUUCAAAGCCCUGGAAUCAUCUCAUGCAACCAAAAAAGCUGCGUUCCGUUUGUGAAUCUUGUCGAAUUCGGACACCCUCUCAUCGUCAGCCUCAUCUAUGAAACGAGUCCGUCGUCGACUGGGAUGGGCAAUUAUCGCAGUAAUUUUCAUUUCGGCUGCUCAAAUUAUUCCCUAUGUAUACCUAUUGGAUGUGGCUCCUCAUGA